AUGAAAAUCGAACCGGAAUCAUCGACAAUGAGUUCGCCGCUGAAGGCGCUGGUAGAGUUUCUGCGGCUCAUUUAUGCCAAGUGCUACCGCAAAGUGGUCCGCGAAUGUAACCAACAAAUGAGUUUCGCUAUACGCCGGCUGCUCCGGGCAGCCAUGUGCGUGUUCAGCUGGUUCGUCAUGCCCUACUCGCAGUGCGUCAGUAGCCGGAUAGAGCGUCGCAAGUUGCCCCCGAUCGAUAAUCCGCUUCUGCUGCUGUCAGCCACCGUGCUGGCCGAACGUAUCCGCAAAGGUGAGGUGCGCAGCGAGGAUGUGGUCCGUGCGUACGUACAACGCUGUCAGCAGGUCAAUCCCCUGCUAAAUGCCAUCGUGGAGGAUCGGUUCGAAGCAGCCCUGGAAGAGGCGCGCGAAAUUGAUCGACAGCUGGCGAACGGUACACUUGGCACCGCCGAGCAACUGGCACGCACAAAACCGCUCCUAGGGCUGCCGGUCUCCAUCAAGGAAAGCUUAGCCGUGGAGGGCAUGAGCAAUACGGCCGGUCGCAAGCUGCACGAAAAGAAGGUUGCCCUCAGUGAUGCACCGGUCGUGCGGCAGGUGAAAAGUGCCGGUGGCAUUGUGCUGCUAGUGAGCAACACACCCGAACUGUGUCUGUGCUGGGAAACGUACAACCAGUGCACGGGGCUGACGCGCAACCCUUACAACCUGCAACGUACGGCCGGCGGUUCUUCCGGUGGUGAAGCGGCCCUGAUUGCGGCCGCCGGUUCACUGCUCGGUGUCACGACCGAUAUCGCCGGCUCAUCCCGACUGCCCGCCAUGUUCACUGGAGUGUUCGGCCACAAACCAUCGCCGUACGUAGUGUCCCCGUACGGGCAUCAUCCCUCGUGUGACGAUGAGAAUUGGGGUAGCUUCUUCACACCCGGUGCGAUGUGCCGGUACGCGGAGGAUUUGCCACUGCUGCUGGAAGCGAUGCGUGAUCCGGAGGGUGCGCCCAUUACGCUGGACAAACCGGUACCGAUCGGUGCCCUCAAGUGUUACUACAUGGAAAACGAUGGACCGUCCGGCUUGACGCGACCGAUCGAUCCCGACAUUGUGCGCGCGAUCCGUGACGUGGCCGCCCACCUGAACGCGCAACGCGUCAACCUGAAACGGUUGCGCUGGACGCUGGACAUUUCGGUGUGCAAAAUGUUGCGCAUGAAGAACGUGGAAACGAUUUACAGCCCCCAGGCGAACGGUAAACCGGACACCACGAUCAAGCGCGAGGUGUUCAAGUAUCUGCUUGGCGUGUCCAAGUCUGAUCUACCGUCGGUCAUGAUUGGGCCCAUGCAGCACAUCGUCAACAAUUACAUUCCCCAGUCCCGGCUCGACUUUCUCGACAGCCAGACGGAGAAGCUGCGCCAAGACUUCAUCGAUCUGCUCGGCACGGACGGUGUGUUUAUCUAUCCCGGCUUCCCAAACACGGCCCACCGGCACUAUCGCAUCUUUCACAAGCUGGUCGAUACGACGUACAUGAUGGUGUUCAACACCGUCGGGCUGCCGGCCGCAUCCUGCAUGGUUGGGUUUGACCGCGAGAAGCUACCGAUCGGCGUACAGAUUGUCGCUGCCCCCGGACAGGAUCAUCUCAUCUUUGCCGUAGCCAAAGAGCUAGAGCGACGGUUCGGUGGUUGGGUGUCUCCAUCCUAG